CCCUCAGGAGUCUGGAUCAUCGACUAUGUCAGCCUUGCACCAUUGGCUGGUCAGCCCACCCCGUCAGCCAUGCACGCGUGGCCAUACAAAAGACCUGGGCGUCUGUUCAUGACACUACAUCUUCUGGAUUCUGCAUCUUAUGUUCUCCCCCCGAUCUUCUAUCGCCGCACUUAAAGCCUUCGCCACCGUUCUCCUUCUACCUCAGUUUCACUACCCAUCAACCAUGCACGCAUAUAACCAUUCCGGAUCCACAUCGAGCUCCCUCUUGGCUCCACCGAACGCUUCUUUUAUCGAAGAAGAUAUCCUAUCAGCUGGAAAGGCGCGUAUGCCAGGGCGGAAAGCUACACCUCGCCUGCGCACAUCGAAGACAAACAUACCUUUGCUUCCUAAACCUCACUACAGAGAAAUUCCGAAAGCACCCAGACCCGACGUCCACGUCUUCCUCCCUCCACCAUAUAGCGAGUCUACAUCCUUCCUCACCGUUCCAAAUAACACACCUGCGACCACGCCACCUCUGCCUCCACUCAGUAGCAGUAGCAGCUCAGAUGAUUCUGUUAUACUCAGUACUCCCAACAUUUUUUCUGGCGGUCGAUCAGGACUAGUGGGCCUCGGUCUCGAAGGUCUCGAGGAAGGGGGAGGCGGGGUAUUCAACGGGCUCGGAAGAUUCAGCGAAGGCUUUAGGACAUCCGAAUCUUCGCCUGGAGAAGAGAGAUCCAGCCAGGUUCGGUCGAAAGAGGUUGUACGGCCCAAAAAGAGACAUGACGUGUUUUUCCCGUGCCAGCACCAUUCUAGGUCGCUUUCGCCUGUGUCGUUCUUAGCACGUGCGCUUCCCAACACUGCGCUGAUGCAGCUCCGGAUUCAUUGUCGGAAUGAUAGCGGAUCACCUACGCCUCAUAUGAAGAAUGAUCCUAGUAGGAGCACGGUGUCGACUGAGUUGAAGCGAUCUGCUGGGAUUGAGCGUCGGGCAUCGUUGAGUCGGUGUGGUGGUAGUGGAUGGCGGUAGUAUAGUAAAUAUGGACAAAUAAGUUACUUUCGGUUGUCAAGGAGAUGAAUGCACGUUGGGUGCGUCCUUGGAGAGUACUCAUUCAAAAAGUCAUUUUGACUUUUCUUUCUUUCUUUUUUUGUAUUUUUUUUGCCUUUCUUUC